CCUUGGAAGAAGACCGCGAAAACAUUACUUGCGCACCCAACACGAUCUCUCCAUAUCAUCUCCUACUACCAAACGUGCCUGGAAUCCAAGUCAAACGGCCCACCUACAGCUACACCAGCGGUUUGAAGCCGUGUCUGGCCUGCGAUAACGACCCUCCAUCGCAACAACCGACCCCGAAAGCUUCUGUUUAUCGUCGCGGACAUUGCCCCUGCAGAGGAGGCUCUUCCAGCACAACAUCCUGUCCACCAUGGCGGCUCUCGGCGAUGAUCUACUUGGGAUCGUGAACAAGCUUCAGGACUUGGUUUUCAAUACUAUUGGAAACGACUCUUUAGACUUGCCUCAAAUAGUAGUUGUUGGGUCGCAAUCUUCCGGCAAGUCUUCAGUUCUCGAAAACAUUGUCGGUAGAGACUUCCUUCCACGUGGUAGUGGUAUCGUCACCCGUCGGCCAUUGAUCCUGCAACUCAUCAACGUUCCAAGUGAUCGGGAUGAUAGACCAGAGGGCGAUGAAAUUCACAUACCACAUACACCAGCGAGCGUCGCAGGUCAUCAGGAAUGGGGUGAGUUUCACCAUAUCCCAGGGAGGAGAUUUUUCGACUUCGGAGACAUAAAGAGAGAAAUCGAACAAGAGACGGCGCGCAUAGCUGGAAACAACAAAGGCAUCAAUAGGCAACCUAUCAAUCUGAAAGUGUACUCGCCUCAUGUCCUCAACUUGACGCUGGUCGAUCUGCCCGGGCUUACAAAGGUUCCCAUUGGCGACCAGCCUACAGAUAUUGAGAAGCAGACGAGAAACUUGAUCACUGAGUAUAUCGCGAAGCCCAAUAGUAUCAUAUUAGCCGUGUCUCCCGCCAACGUAGACAUUGUUAAUUCCGAGGCAUUGAAACUGGCUCGACACGUAGAUCCCAUGGGUAGAAGAACCAUAGGCGUACUUACAAAACUGGAUCUGAUGGACCAUGGCACAAAUGCUCUCGAUAUUCUCACUGGGCGCGUAUAUCCGCUCAAGCUGGGGUUUAUCGGAGUUGUAAACAGGUCACAGCAAGACAUCCAGGGGAACAAAUCUCUUGCCGAUGCGCUUCAAGCCGAAAGAGACUUCUUUAGGCACCAUCCAGCCUAUAGGAAUAUGGCGACUCGAUGUGGCACCCAGUUUCUCGCAAAAAGCCUCAAUACUACCCUUAUGAAUCACAUCCGAGAACGUUUGCCUGAUAUCAAAGCCCGCCUGAACACGUUGAUGGGCCAGACCCAACAGGAAUUGGCGAGCUAUGGAGACGUAGCUUUUACUGGUAAGGAGCAUCGCGGUUCUCUUAUCCUACAACAGAUGACAAAGUUUGCCUCGUCAUUCAUAUCAUCAAUCGAUGGUACGUCUUCGGAAAUAUCUACAAAAGAGCUUUGUGGUGGGGCCAGAAUCUACUACAUAUUUAAUUCGGUCUUCGGAAACUCACUGGAACUUAUCGAUCCAAAUACGAAUCUCUCGGUUCAAGACAUCCGUACAGCGAUCAGAAAUUCGACAGGACCACGUCCGAGUCUCUUUGUCCCUGAAAUGGCAUUCGACCUUCUUGUGAAGCCUCAAAUCAAACUUCUCGAAAUUCCCAGCCAUCGGUGUGUGGAGCUUGUUUACGAGGAGCUGAUCAAAAUCGGACACACUUGCGGAUCCACCGAACUAAGCCGAUACCCUCGGUUGCAAGGCAAACUGAUUGAAGUAGUUUCUGAUCUUCUUCGUGAACGUCUUGGUCCAUGCUCAAGUUACGUGGAAAGUCUGAUCUCCAUCCAACGAGCAUAUAUCAACACAAACCACCCCAACUUUCUUGGCGCAGCAGCAGCUAUGUCUUCCGUCAUCAAUGACCGGAAGGAGCAGGAAAAGAAAAUAGCACUGAACGAAGAGAGGCGCAAACGCGAAAAGAGACGCCAGAAAGACCUCAAUGGCUUGAACGGUGUCGAUACUCCUGAAGACGAUGAAGAAGCGGUGGAAGCUACAGACAAGCCGUCAACACUGGCUGUGAGAGGUCACUCGAAGACUAGUAGGAGCAUGUCUCCUGCUGUGCGAACUGGAACCCAUGGAGCACACAGUAUCGCAUCUGCAUUGAACAAUGCGCGCCCUUCUUCGCCAAAUCGCAUGAGCCAUGGUGCUGCUCAAGGAUCCGCUCGCGACAGCUUCCUAAAUUAUUUCUUCGGUAAGGAUGGUGUCCCUAGUUCUGCACCGGUUGGCAUGCAAGUGCCAGAAAAUCGACCUGGAAGUCGCCAUGUUAGCCAGAACUCGCAGCCAAGCAUAGCUACUAGCCUGCGAAGGGGCGACACCCGGACCAUCGACCGACCAGACCGUCAUGUUCUGGAGGUAGCUCAAGAAGAGCUUGAUAAUGGGUCGGAAGCCCGUGAUUACUAUGACACACCUUUCCAAUUUGGCGAAAGUGAUGUUCCUCCGCUUACGGAACGAGAAGCUCUCGAGACCGAGCUUAUUCGGAGGCUUAUCUCAUCGUACUUCAAUAUCGUUCGCGAGACGAUAGCUGACCAGGUCCCUAAAGCCAUCAUGCAUCUUUUGGUCAAUUUUUCGAAAGACGUUGUCCAAAACAGGCUCGUAAGUGAGUUAUAUAAGGAAGACCUCUUUCAAGAUUUACUGUACGAGGAUGAUGCGAUCAAGGCAGAAAGGGAAAAGUGCGAAAAACUUUUGAAAACGUACAAAGAGGCGGCUAAAAUUGUCGGCGAAGUUUUAUAAAUGCGGCAGCUGGUGGAAUUUUGUACACAGUCGACGAAGGAAGCCGGCUUCUUCGGUAUCUAUACAUUCGGAGGAUUCCUCUUCGUCUCCGAUCCUCUGUCACAACUGUAUGUCCCAUGGUGGCAGGGAUUCUCGCGGCUCAGAACACUACAUGUAACAUAUUUCAGACACUUCAAGGUACGGAACUACCUGUAUCACAAAUAAUUCAUGUACACUGUAUCAUAUUUGAAGUACCGCUGUCAGACGCAGCUCAUAAUGAUUACGUCAGUCAUGC